AUGUCCAAAGACAUUGGAAAAAUCGAAACCGUGGCGUCUCCGGUCAGUGAUCCCGGAGACAAGAGCUCUCUUGACGAAGAUGCCAUGAAGCUCGCCGCCAUGGGUUACAGUCAGGACAUGAGGCGCAAGUUCUCGCUGCUGUCGCUGCUGGGAGUUGGCUUCUCCCUGACUAACUCAUGGUUCGGCAUGUCUGCCUCCUUGGUCACCGGUAUCCCGUCCGGCGGGCCGCUGUUGGUCAUGUACGGCAUCCCGUGGAUUGCAUUCGUUUCCAGCUGUGUGGCCAUCACGCUCUCCGAGUUGGCGAGUUCCAUGCCCAAUGCGGGAGGGCAGUAUUUCUGGGCAAACGAGCUCUCGUCGCGCAAGUAUGCCAAUUUUGCCUCGUAUUUGACUGGCUGGUUUGCAUGGGCGGGAAGUAUUUUCACCUCUGCCAGUGUUGCGUUGGGCCUGGCCGCUGCUGGUGUUGGAAUGUGGCAGCUUGGCCACCCUGGUUUCAUGAUCGAAUCAUGGCAUAUCGUUGUAGCCUACCAAGUCAUCAAUCUCUGGUGCUUCCUCUUCAAUUGCGUUGGCAAACUGCUCCCCAAGGUCGCUACAAUGACCCUCUACCUCUCCCUCAUCUCCUUCACCGUCAUCAUCAUCACCGUCCCUUCUAAGGCACCAACGCACCAGGAUGCCAAGUUCGUAUUCGCAACCUUUAUCAACAACACGGGCUGGAAAUCCGACGGCAUUGCCUUCAUCGUCGGCCUCAUGAAUCCCAACUGGGUCUUCGCCUGCCUCGACUCCGCCACCCACAUGGCCGAAGAGGUUGCGAACCCGGAACGAUCCAUCCCCAUCGCCAUCUGCGGUACCGUCUUCAUUGGCUUUACCACCGCCUGGUUCUAUUGCAUGUCUAUGUUCUUCAGCCUUAGCGACUUCCAGAAGCUCCUCGACACGCCGACGGGGGUGCCGAUUCUCGAACUCUUCCACCAGGCACUACGCAGCAAGGCAGGCGCCAUCGCCCUGGAAUCCCUGGUCCUCUGCACAGGUUUCGGAUGCCAGAUCGCCUCGCAUACGUGGCAAUCUCGGCUCUGCUGGUCCUUUGCUCGAGACCGUGGUCUCCCAUUCCACAAGUAUCUUUCACAGAUCCACCCCACGCUGGACGUUCCGCUGGCAGCGCACGCGUUUAGCUGUUUCAUUGUCUCAGCGUUGGGAUUGCUGUAUCUCGGAUCCACCACGGCUUUUAACAGCAUGGUGACCGCAUGCAUUGUCCUCCUCUAUAUCUCAUAUGCCAUUCCGAUCACCGCGCUACUCCUCCGCGGUCGGAAUAACAUCAAACAUGGGCCCUUCUGGCUGGGGCAUAUUGGGCUCUGUGCGAAUAUCGUUGUUCUUUUAUGGACUGUGUUCACGUUGGUGAUGUACUCGUUCCCGCCGAUUUUCCCUGUCAAGGCUUCCAAUAUGAACUACGUUUCAGCAGUGUACUUCGUUGUCGUAGUCAUCAUCCUUGCUGACUGGUUUCUCCGUGGGCGAAAGCAUUAUCGUGGCCAGGGACAGCGCCACGAUGAGGCGGAACAGAUCCUGAACGGAAGAUCAAAUGUUGUACAAUAG